AAAAAAAGAAAACGUGGCCGCGGUUCAAGGUCGCUCGUCUGGACCAAGUUCGGAGCUCGUUGUUGCCGUGGUAAAAAAGAAGAGGGAUGAUCGAUGGUGAGAAUCGACUGGGCUAGUCACUGUGGCUUCGUACAGGAGAAGACAUCACCUUGCGGAGGAGGUGCCAGGACUCUACAUUCGGCGCCUAACGCUCGAAGAUCCCAGGAGGAGGGAACCGUCCAGUUCAAGGUCGCCAUCUCCGGCGCGCCAUAUCUGUCAUCCUCGUAGCGGCUGUGCGCGCUUAGCGCGAGGAUCAUCGAGCUACAAAUCUUGGUUGGAAAGGAUCCGAAAGGAGAGUCCGGCUUUCUUAACAAUAGUAUCUCUAGAGCUUCCGGAAUCGCCGAUUCCCUUAAUAGAGUCUCAAGCAAAUGCUCGUUGGAGACGUGAUGAGUCCAAUGAAGUCAUGAAAGACAAGGAUGAUAUCUUGGAUGAAUUUUUGAAGAGGGUCACAGAGAUUGAAAAGGAUAGGGAAAAGGAAGAUCGCGCAGGAAGAAGUAGCGUGUCCCGGAAAAGUCGUCGCAGUAGCAAAAAGGACAGCGAAUCUUUGGAAUGUACAAAAGCGCCAGCUACUCUCGAGGAAUGCACGAGAAACAUUAUCGAAGGGCGAAGCCGAGAAGAAUCGACCCGACCACAGGAUACUGGCGACGACUGCAUAUGCUCCGAAAUACCGAAGGAUUUACGAAUUAACAUUCGCAAGAAGACGGAGAUCACAUGUACUCCGUCGUGCACUCCAAGUCCGGAAGUGACUCACGCUAUUCGGAUUGCGAUGAAGUAUCACGAUCAGUCGGGAUGCAAAGUCGGAGACGACGAGAGUCCAGAGGAAGAGGAGGAAGAGGAGGAGCAGGAGGAGCAGGAGGAGGAGGAGGAGGAGGAGGAGAACGAAAAGCGAGCGGAGGAAGAAGCGGAGAAUGGCAGGAGGACGAAGAACGAGGGGAGCAAGAAGGAUCUUCAAGGUCCAUCGAACGCGAGGAAGGAAUCGGUGAAGCACGACGUUCGCUACGUCGCCGUUGGUGCGAACGCCACGUUGGACUUCACGCUAAAUUGCAAUAGCGUGCGACUCACUACUCGUGACACGAGUUUGAAGACAGCGUCAAGAGGUGAGAGGCGGGAGCGGCCGGAAACGCAAAGUUAGUUCGCGUGGGUUUCCUCUCAAAAGUGUGUUUCGCUCGAGAGCAGUUCUACACGAUGGAUGCUCCAUUGUGGCUUUAGAUAUACAUAUCGUAAAGCACAUAAUAGCUUGAUGAUUUCCCUACCUGCUCCCCUCGUGCUUUUAGCUUGUCAGAGUUUCUGUUCGCACG